GCGACCGGAAUCUCUUCCUGGUCGAUGUGGACAGAAAGAAGAAAUUCAGGGUGAGGUCUGUUGUUGUAGUUGCGAUAAUAAUGGGGAGAAUUAGUGAAGAUAUGUCGGGAAAGUCCCGUGAUUUAUGUAGGCUUGCGUUGUGCGGCUUAUGAAGCCACUUUCACGAUGCUUGAGCAGAUGUGCAGCGCUGCAUGAACACUGUGUUAGCCGCUAACGCUACAGACUACUGCACCUGUGACCGGCUUCUUUGUGUCAUUUAAGUCUGCGGUUAUUUCCCCCAUUGACUGUUAGUAAACUCAGCUUAUUAAGGUAACUUUAGCAGUUUUUCUGUAACCAUCCAGGGCGGCCAGCCCCGGUCACUGCUACCCGACGUGCUGUCCCAGAUUGACGAAGAAGUGUCUCCAGAAAUGCGUCUUCACUCAGUUUGCCCCUGGCUGGAUGUUUGUAGAUCCACAUAGUCCCAAAAUAGUUCCGAAAGUCCGCGAUGGCGUCAUCCAAAGCAAAGGUCGGAGUCACCAGCGAGACAAACUCCCUUAAAGAAAGUAAAAGCAACGCGAGCAGCUCAGCGGAAGACGCCUCACCUAAUAACCGCACAUACUGCCUUGAUGACCUGGAGACGGUCGCCACCGUCGGCACGGGGACGUUUGGACGAGUCUUCCUGGUCAAGGACAAACAGAGCAGGGCCUUCUUUGCCCUGAAGCAGAUGAAGAUCCCCGACGUGAUCCGACUGAAGCAGGAGCAGCACGUCCACAACGAGAAGGAGGUGCUGAGCGAGGUCAACCACGCCUUUCUCAUCAGACUGACCUGGACUCUGUGCGGGACUCCUGAGUAUCUGGCUCCUGAAGUCAUCCAAAGCAAAGGUCACGGCCGGGCCGUGGACUGGUGGGCUCUGGGCAUCCUCAUCUUUGAGAUGCUGGCUGGUUGUCUCCUCAGAGACCUCAUAAAGAAGUUUCUGGUGAUUGACCGAGCCAGACGGCUGGGCAACAUGAAGAAUGGAGCCGACGACGUGAAAAAGCACCGAUGGUUUAAAACGAUUGACUGGGAGGCCGUUCCUCUGAGGAAGCUAAAGCCUCCUAUAGUUCCUAAGGUUUCCCAUGAGGGCGACACCUCCAACUUUGAUGUUUACCCAGAGGACGACUGGAAAAAAGACCCCCCUGUGGCCGAGAAAGACUUGGAGGUCUUCAAAAACUUCUGACCCCUCAGCCGUGUCUAUUUAUUAAUCGAUUGAUUUAUGUGGAUAACUAACAACAUACAUUGUAAAACUACUAUCACAGGUACUCUGUUGGAGAAAACACUUAUUUAUCAAAUUGGGGGAUUUGCAUCUUAUCUGUAAUAAUGAACUUCCAAAGGACGGAUGCUGUGACGUGUAUGUAUGAAACUAAAGACAUGGUUAGCUUUUUAUACUUUUAUUUAUCUGCUACUUUAUUUUAUUUUUUGUUUUUAUUCUCUGAGCCAUUCAUAUGCAAAAAUAUCUGGUUCAUGUGAAACCAAAAGACUGUUACUUUCUGGGUAUAAAACAGAAACAAAA